CUCUCUUCUCUCCCUCACAACCAAACCAAAACUCACCUCAAAAGAAACCCAAACAAAAAGAAAGAAAAUAAACUCAUCUCCUCACUUCCCCACUUCUUUUCUCUCUACAAAAUUCUCACAUUUUCCCAAAUAGUACUACUUACUACCAUACACAAAAACAUCAAAAAAAAUAGGUAAACAUGGCUACAAAUACAUGGAUUAAACCUAAGUUGUCAAUGCCAUCCUCAAAAGAGUUUGGUUUUUCUUCAAACUCUUUUCCCCUAAUCAAAAAUCAAAGACAAAUUCCCAAUAUUAAUUGCUCCCUUCAAGCACCCCCUCUCCUUCAUUUUCCUAAACAAUCUACUACAACUUAUCAAACACCAAAAACCAACACUAUUUCCACUCCAAAACCAACCACAACUUCACAACCAAAACAAGAAAACAACACCAACACUUCCACUUGUAAGUGGAAUUUAGUGCAGAAAGCAGCAGCAAUGGCUUUAGAUGCUGUAGAAAGUGCCUUAACAAAACACGAACUCGAACACCCUUUACCAAAAACAGCUGACCCACGAGUUCAGAUUUCCGGGAACUUCGCUCCUGUACCUGAAAAACCUGUCACCCAAUCUCUACAAGUGACCGGAAAAAUACCCAAAUGUGUGCAAGGUGUCUACGUUCGUAACGGAGCUAACCCGCUUUUCGAACCAACAGCUGGACACCAUUUCUUUGAUGGAGAUGGCAUGGUUCAUGCUGUUCAAUUCAAAGAUGGUUCCGCUAGCUACGCGUGCCGGUUUACUGAGACAGAACGAUUUGUUCAAGAAAAAGCAUUGGGUCGCCCUGUUUUCCCUAAAGCCAUUGGGGAAUUACAUGGACAUUCAGGGAUAGCAAGGCUUAUGCUUUUCUAUGCUCGUGGACUCUUCGGAAUCGUUGAUCAUAGUAAAGGAACCGGUGUUGCUAACGCUGGUUUGGUCUAUUUCAACAACCGAUUACUCGCGAUGUCUGAAGAUGAUUUGCCAUAUCAUGUUAAGGUGACACCUACUGGUGACCUUAAAACAGAAGGGAGGUAUGAUUUCAAUGGACAAUUGAAAUCCACCAUGAUAGCUCACCCGAAACUCGACCCCGUUUCGGGUGAGCUAUUUGCUCUUAGCUAUGAUGUGAUUCAGAAGCCGUAUCUUAAGUACUUCAGAUUUUCUAAAGAUGGUGAGAAGUCAGAUGAUGUGGAAAUCCCUGUGGAGGAUCCAACAAUGAUGCAUGAUUUCGCCAUAACUGAGAAGUUUGUCGUCAUUCCUGAUCAGCAAGUUGUGUUCAAGAUGUCUGAAAUGAUUCGAGGAGGAUCACCAGUGGUUUAUGACAAGGAAAAGGUUUCAAGAUUCGGGGUUCUUGACAAGUAUGCUAAAGAUGGUUCGGGUUUAAAAUGGAUUGAAGUACCUGAUUGCUUUUGUUUCCAUCUCUGGAAUGCGUGGGAAGAUGAAGAUUGUGAUGAAAUCGUAGUCAUUGGUUCUUGUAUGACUCCACCAGACUCGAUUUUCAACGAGUGUGAUGAGGGUCUAAAGAGUGUUUUAUCAGAAAUUCGUCUCAAUUUGAAGACUGGAAAAUCUACCAGAAAAACAAUAAUCCAGAACGAAGAGGAACAAGUGAAUUUGGAGGCCGGGAUGGUUAACAGGAACAAACUGGGUAGAAAGACACAAUUUGCUUACUUGGCUAUUGCAGAACCAUGGCCAAAAGUUUCUGGAUUUGCAAAAGUAGACCUUUUAACCGGUGAAGUUCAUAAAUUCAUUUACGGCGACAACAAGUACGGUGGGGAGCCUCUUUUUUUACCAAGAGACUCCAGUAGUCAAGCAGAAGAUGAUGGUUACAUUUUAGCAUUUGUGCACGAUGAAAAGGAAUGGAAAUCGGAGCUACAAAUUGUUAAUGCAAUGACCUUAAAGCUCGAAGCCACAGUGAAAUUACCAUCAAGAGUGCCUUAUGGUUUUCAUGGCACUUUCAUAAAUGCCAAAGAUUUAGCAAAUCAAGCCUAGUUUCGGAGACGAAAAAAGUGGCUAACUUUGCAAACUAUGGCUAUUACAGAGGAAAUUUACCAGAGGGAUGGUUUAGAAUAUACGUCCCCGGAAUUUCUCCUCUAUAAUUGAAGUUAAGUCAAUAGUUUUUUAAAUUGUUUUUCUUUGAUUAUUAUUAUUUUUUUUUUUACUUCUAGUGUGAAAGAUUUUCUCAGAGACCAGUUAGUAGCUUGGAUGUAGUUAGAAAAUUGGAGCUCAGCUGGUAUUUCUGGUUAUUCUUUCACAUUUUGAUUGUGCAUGAGAGAGAGUAUAUAUUACUACUACCUUAUAGGAAUAUACUAUAACAUGUUCCUGUAAACUCUCUGUUUUCUUGUAUAUGAAUCGUGGCCUAUACUAUUUCCA